AUGGUAGAACCUGUUGAUAAAAAGAGAAAGGUCGAGGUUCAAAGGGCCAAGAAACCUUCGAGAAUCUUCAGUCCUUUUAGAGUUCUUGGGAAUGUAUCCAAUGAGAUUCCAUUUGCCAUAGGUACUUUAGGUUCAACCUUUUACGUUGUUACAUCUGUGGGAAGAUCAUUUCAAAUUUAUGAUGUGGCUACUUUACAUUUAUUGUUUGUAUCUCAAAGUCAAACCUCAUCCAAGAUCACUAGUUUAGCUACUCAUUAUCAUUAUGUGUUUGCUUCUUAUGCUAAUAAAAUUGGAGUUUAUAAAAGAGGUAAACUUGAAAAUACCAUUGAAUGUCCUACCACCAAGAAUUUAAGUAAACUUUUAGUAUUUGGUGAAUUCUUAGUAGCAACUGCUUCUGAUGGUGAAGUAUUCAUAUUUAAAAAACCAACUUCCAAAUCAACCGAAUUAUAUUCAACGUUGAAAUUCUCCUUGAAUGAAGAUAUCACUGGUUUGAUCCAUCCUCCAACUUAUCUUAACAAGAUUGUUCUUACUACUCCAACUGACUUAUAUAUUAUCAAUAUCAGAACUGGGAAAUUAUUAUUUAAAACGAACUUUCCAGAAACUAUUAGUUGUAUUGAAUCAGCUCCAGUAUUGGAUAUCAUCGCUAUUGGUACCACUACCGGUAAUGUUCAUUUAUAUAAUUUAAGAAAAGCCAAGAUUCUUUCCAAAUUCGGUGUGGGAAAUGAAGAUAAAGUUGUUUCAUUAUCAUUCAGAACUGAUGGUUCUAAUCAUUUAGUUGCUGGUUUAAAUACCGGUGAUUUAUUCUUCUAUGAUUUGAAUAAAAAAUCAAGAAUUCAUAUUUUAAGAAAUGCUCAUAAGGAAAGUCAUGGAGGUAUUGCUAAUGUUAAAUUCUUAAAUGGUCAACCUAUCGUCAUUACUAAUGGUGGAGAUAAUCAUUUGAAAGAAUAUGUUUUCGAUCCUAAUUUAUCAGCUACCAUUGCUGCUCCACCUCGUCAUCUUAGAUCUCGUGGUGGUCAUUCAUCACCUCCUAUUGCGAUUGAAUUUCCAAAUGAAAAUAAAUCUCAUUUUAUCUAUAGUGCAUCAAGAGAUAAAUCAUUCUGGACUUUUUCUUUACGUAAAGAUGCUCAAGCUCAAGAAUUUUCUCAAAGAGUUAAACUGAAACAAUCCAUUCGUGAUAAAUUCCCUGAAAUUAUAUCUAUUGCAUCAUCUCAAGCUCGUGAAGGAGAUUGGGAAAACAUUAUCACCGCCCAUAAAGAUGAUAAAUUUGCCAGAACUUGGGAUUCAAGAUCUAAAAGAGUGGGUCGUCAUAAUUUAAACACCGUUGAUAAUGGAAUUGUCAAAUCAAUUUGCAUAUCUCAAUGUGGAAAUUUCUCCUUAGUUGGUUCAACAUUAGGUGGAAUUGGAGUUUAUAAUUUACAAUCCGGUAAAUUAAGAAAGAAGUAUAUGUUACAUAAAAAGGCAGUCACUGGAUUAGCUAUUGAUGGUAUGAAUAGAAUGAUGGUAAGUACUGGUUUAGAUGGUCUUGUUGGAUUUUAUAAUUUUUCAGAAUCAAAAUAUUUGGGUAAAUUAAAAUUAGAAGCUCCUAUUACUUCGAUGGUAUAUCAUAAAUCAUCCGAUUUAAUUGCAUGUGCCUUAGAUGACUUAAGUAUUGUGGUGGUUGAUGUUCUUACUCAAAGAGUAGUCAGAAUCUUAUAUGGUCAUACUAAUAGAAUCAUUGGUAUGGACUUUUCUCCCGAUGGUAGAUGGAUUGUAUCAGUUAGUUUAGAUUCAACUUUAAGAACUUGGGAUUUACCAACUGGUGGAUGUAUUGAUGGUAUUAGAUUACCUAGUGUGGCCACCAAUGUUAAAUUCUCUCCUAUUGGUGAUUUCUUAGCUACUACUCAUGUUUCAGGUAAUGGUAUUUCACUUUGGACUAAUAGAUCCCAAUUUGUCCCUAUUUCCACUAGACAUAUUGAAGAAGAAGAAUUUUCAAAUACAUUAUUACCAAAUGCUUCAGGUGAUGGAGGUUCAACUUUAUUAGAUGGUGCCUUAGAUGAAGAUAAUGAAGAUGAAGAAUUCAUUCAAAAAUAUGAAUCUGUUGAUCAAAUUGAUUCAUCAUUGAUCACAUUAAGUCUUGGUCCAAGAUCUAAAUAUAGUACUUUAAUUCAUUUAGAUACUAUUAAACAAAGAGGUAAACCAAAGGAAGCACCAAAGAAAGCUGAAAAGACCCCAUUUUUCUUAACUUUAGGUGGUGAAGUGGUAGGAGAUACUGCUAGUGGAGCCAACGGUAGUAAGGAUGCCAAUGGAUCCAAAGAUCAAACCAAUGAAGAAGAAUCUGGAAGUAAAUUACGUACAUUGAAUGGAAAUGGUCAUUCAUUUGAAUCAGAAUUCACUCGUUUAUUGAGACAAGGAUCUGAAUCCAAAGAUUAUACCCAAUUUUUACAAUAUAUUCUUCAAGCAGCUCCAUCAGUGAUUGAUUUAGAAAUCAGAUCAUUAAAUUCAUUCCCACCAUUGACUGAAUUCGCUAACUUUGUCGAAGCUUUAACUUUUGGAAUCACUUCAAAGGCUAAUUAUGAUUUAUAUCAAUCUAUCUUCUCUAUGUUUUUAAAGAAUCAUGGUGAUGUGAUCCGUAUUUUCAGUGAUGAAACUGAACUCAAUCAUGCUUUAGAACAAUGGUAUCAAAACAAUGAUGCUACCGACAUCGAUGAACUCGUCAAAUACUGUUCUGGUGUUAUUAAUUUAGUAUCAACUGUGUAA